AUGUCCUCGCAGGUGGCUGGCAGAAAGAAGAAUGAGGGGCUGCAGAAAGGUCCGUCGGAGGCCUUGCAGAAACGACGCCGGCGCAUGUCUUUUAGCGAGCUUACAGACUUUGUUGUCGAAAGGAAGAUUUCAACAGUGGCAGAGCUAUGGAAGGCCGCCAAAGAGGAAAAGAUGCGUGGCAACUCUUUGGUUUGGGACCAUGUGGGGCAGCUUCGGGAUCCAGCUGCGGAAGUGCAGAAAAUCUUGGCUGCGUGGCACCGACCUGAAACCUUGGGGGCUUCAACUCUUAUCACCUCACCACGCUUUCCUUUGGAGCACUUUGAUGUACCUCCACGGGUCCUGCAGUGGAAGGAGACCCAAUCCCUCACCCAUACCUUAAUCCUGCGUGGUCCGCCUGGGACUGGGAAGACUGAAAUGGCUAUAUCCGUGCUUUUGUCCACAUGCCGCGCUGGCAUCCACUUUGUCAGCAAGCUUGAUCAGAUGCAUAAGAUCACCGUGCACCAGAUGCAUAAGAUCACCGUGCACCCAGGUGAGGGACUUGUUGUCGAUGAGGCUUGUUUCAGGACAGUGAGCAUUGAUGAUGCGAAAGCUUGGUGCGAUGAGCCACAGGCUGAUUCGGACGCCUGUGCAUCCCGUAUGAUCUCAGAUACACCAGUGGCUGCAGCGGCUGCGAUCUUGCGGCCAGAUCAGGAGCCACAGGGUGAGUCGUCCGGAGCGGACGCCUUCAAGGCCCAUAGGAUCUCAGAGACAGCAGCGGCUGCAGCGGAAGAUCUCUUGUGGCCGGAUGACGAUGAACUCAACGAGAUGAUGGAAGAUUCAUUUGAUUUUUGA